AUGGACAGACAGUCGGAUCUGAUCCUGGAUUCGAAACUUGAGACACAGUUUGAGUCAUCAUUUACGGUGCAUACAUAUCGAGAGAUUUGUGCCAUUUCCGAAAGGAGAGUGAUAAGGAAAGAGUAUUGGCAUCGAGAAUCUCAUAUUCGAAAUGGUGCCUACGGAGGUGUCUGGCUUGAGAAGUGCGUGCAAGGCCAUCGAGAUGUCCAAAUGCGCGCUGUGAAACAGCUUUCGAUAAAGCCAUCUAGGAAUGCCGAGCGGAUUGAUUACAGUCGAGAGUUGCAGGCAAUCGCUAAAUUCUCCCAUGAGAAGUCGUUUGGAUGGUACAGGACCGAAGAGUCGCUGUUCAUCACAAUGGAAUAUCUUCCGGACGGUGAUCUACAUCAGUACCUGUCCAAAGCGUCUCCGCUGGGCGAGGAAGCUGCAGAAUAUCCUAAUCAAAUCAUGUCCUCCUCGCCCAUGGGAACCAUGGGCUUCAUUGCGCCUGAUUUACAUGGCUUCACUAGACCUGGAACCCCAUUUGCUGCCGACAUGUGGUCUCUGGGCGAGAUCACUUUCCAGCUGACGACCAAGCAACCUGUGUUCCAGAACUUGGCCAUGUUUGCCUCCUACGCUACGGAAGCAACUCAGUCCUUCCCUUCGACUGCGGUGUUGUGUUCUCAAAAUAUAAGCAUCUCCGGACAGGGCUUCGUCUCAUUGCCCAUGGUAUUCAGCGGCAAAUCUGCACAUGCCCUUGGCACCCAAUUGGGAGCUGGGCUUGCCGCUCUACUUAGGCUUUACAUGACUCGACUCAACUUCGGCUCAGCUUCGGAGCCAAGUGCUCAGGCUGAUCGGACCGCUUGCUGA